GAUAUUGUUUUUCUUCUGAUCUCUGGUCGAUGGAUUUAUCACUGACAAUACAACGAUAUUUUAGCUAGAAAUCGUGUGAAGCAUGGGUGACUGGAGCUUUCUGGGGCGGCUGCUGGAGAAUGCUCAAGAACACUCCACUGUAAUCGGCAAGGUUUGGCUGACGGUCCUCUUCAUCUUUCGCAUUUUGGUCUUGGGCGCGGCCGCCGAGGAGGUUUGGGGUGACGAGCAGUCAGACUUCACCUGCAACACGCAGCAACCCGGUUGCGAAAACGUCUGCUACGACGAGGCCUUCCCUAUCUCCCACAUCCGCUUCUGGGUGCUGCAGAUCAUCUUCGUCUCCACGCCCACCCUCAUCUACCUGGGCCAUGUGCUGCACAUCGUCCGCAUGGAGGAGAAGAGGCGCGAGAAGGAGGAGGAGCUCAGGAAGGCCAGCAGGCACCAGGAGGACCGCGACCCACUCUACCACAAUGGAGUUGGUGACGGAGGAGGAGGCGGCAAGAAGGAGAAGCCGCCGAUCCGUGAUGAGCACGGCAAGAUCCGAAUCCGCGGGGCGCUGCUGAGGACCUACGUCUUCAACAUCAUCUUCAAGACGCUGUUUGAGGUGGGCUUCAUCCUGGGACAGUACUUCCUCUACGGCUUCCACCUGAAGCCGCUCUAUAAAUGUGGCCGCUGGCCCUGCCCCAAUACUGUGGACUGCUUCAUCUCCAGGCCAACUGAAAAGACAAUCUUCAUCAUUUUCAUGCUGGUGGUAGCCUGCGUCUCUCUGCUCCUCAACCUGCUGGAGAUCUACCACCUGGGCUGGAAGAAGGUCAAGCAGGGGGUGACCAGCGAGUUCAUACCUGACCGCGAGUCGCUGCGGCUGGGCUCGGACGAGGCCGCCGAUUCGGAGACGAUCCCCGAGCGAAUGUCUCCGCUGGCGCUUAACUGCCUGCCGGCCUACGCCAGCGUGAGCAUAGUGGGGGGAGGCGGGGCUGAGGGAGGGGGCUACGCGCCCACCGAGACCUCCCCCAGUGCGCUCUCCUUAAGCCCCAACAUGGCUGCCACACCCACCGCCGUGCCAGCUGGACUCAAGAUGGAUGCCGCCGUGUUCCCACAUGAUGACUUCCUCUUUCAAGCCCCGGCCAUGUCCUUUUAUGGCAGCAGCGAGGGGGUGAGUGUCGGGAGCCACGCGCAGCUGGCAGCGAUGGAGCAGAACUGGAGCAACAUGGCACUGGAGCUCAACGCUCUGGAUGGGAAGAACUCCUUCUCCUAUCCUCCUCCCUCUCCUCCUCCCUCGUCCUCCUCUCCUUACCAGGAGACCACACCUCUUCCUCCCCAAGAGGAGCAGCCCGCCACCGCCCCUCCGCCUAAUCAUCACCCCCUCCAUCCACAGGAAGAGGAGGCGGUAGAUCAGGAUAACGUCGUCCCCACGGCACCGUGUGCGGCUGUGGACGACGACUUCACAAUGGUUACUAGGGCAGAGAUGCAUGAGCCUCCUGCUGCCGCGGCAACAGACGUCCGGAGGCUGAGUCGGGCCAGCAAGAGCAGCAGCGUCCGAGCUCGACCCGAUGACCUGGCCGUGUAG